AUGUCUAUUCAGGCGGAAACGAAACGACACACUAUCUGGCCUGGAAGCAGCUCCAGCUCGUCUCUUAGUGACCACAAGGAUGAACAGCACACUCAAAUCCUAGAGAUCACCGAGGUAUCAAGGCCAAAACGCAUACGCCAACGGAGCUUUGUGUCUGAUUCUCGAAACCCGAGGGAUUUGCGACUUGUGCCCGAGAAAUUCUCUGCCCUUCAGCCACGCGGCCAAAUCCCCAUAUCGUCGCUAUCACCAUGGUCGUCGUACGAGAGUCUCUAUCGGAUAGAGCUUUGUGGUGCUGUUGCUGUUGUCCGGAAGCUUACAGGAUCAAGAGCUUUGUAUAUGAUCAAAAGUACCAGAGACGCAAGUCGUGCUCUGGAAGCCUCGCAGGUACGCAGACACCCCAACAUCUGUCAGAUAUAA